AUGGCCGGCGGUGCAGCAAAAUACCGUCAUCUCAGCCGUAAGUCAUCACACAGACAGGCUCUGCUCCGCAAUCUCGUCACAUCGCUCUUCAAGCACGAGUCGAUCACCACGACAUGGGCCAAGGCGAAGGAGGCCCAGCGGCUGGCCGAAAAGCUCAUUACCCUCGGCAAGAAGAACACAGAAGCAAGCCGGAGGAGAGCACUUGAAACCUUCUAUACCCCCCAUGAUAUUGUCCCUAAACUUUUUGGACCCCUUCGUGAGCGCUACGCCGAACGUCCAGGCGGGUACACUCGGGUGCUGCGCGUUGAGCCCAAGAAGGACGACCAAGCGCCUAGUGCUAUUCUCGAGCUCGUGGACGGACCCAAGGAUAUGCGAUUUAAUAUGACGGCGCGCGCUGUGGCCCGACAACGAUCGAAGGGAUUUGAAACACUGAACGAACUCACGGUCACGAAUGUACGCAAAGUGACCCAGUUCCGCAAAGACGGGGUCGAGCAGCUCGAGCAAGCUAUCCAGCAGUUGGGGUUGGAGGAGCAGCCGAAGAAACCGGCUUUCAGGAAGGUGAAAGCAGAGGAGAAUGAGGGAGAUGUACGAGCUUGA